AUGUGGAUUCGAAUGUCCCAACAACAACUCACUUUCCCAUGAACCCUUGCGAGCUUUACGUCGUUGUGCGUCAACUCCCCAGUCCCCCCACCAUCACCGCUCUACAGAGGAAGAAAGGGGGAGACGGGCAGCCUGUACAGAACGCUUUCACACAAAUAUGAGCGGCAGCGGGCGGCCCAGGACCAGCUCAUUCGCUGAGCCUCCCGGAGCUCCCGGAUCCGCUGCAGCCGGUGCCGGAUCAGCAGUAGCCGGCGGAAGCUCGACAGGAAAAACUGGGGCUUCACAAGCGAGUGGAAGCAGCUCGACGAGCUUUGGGAAUCUGAAACUGCCUAGAGACAGUGGCAAAGUGACGACGGUGGUAGCCACACCUGGCCAGGGCCCCGAUCGCCCACAGGAAGUGUCCUACACAGACAUAAAGGUUAUAGGAAAUGGCUCCUUCGGAGUGGUCUACCAGGCUCGCCUCAUCGACAGCCAGGAGAUGGUGGCAAUUAAGAAAGUUCUCCAAGACAAGAGAUUUAAGAAUAGGGAGCUGCAAAUUAUGAGGAAAUUGGACCACUGCAACAUUGUGAGGCUACGUUACUUCUUCUACUCGAGCGGAGAGAAGAAAGAUGAGGUGUAUUUGAAUCUGGUGCUGGACUACGUCCCUGAGACAGUGUACAGGGUGGCUCGGCACUUCAACAAGGCCAAGACCACCAUCCCCAUCAUCUAUGUUAAGGUGUACAUGUACCAGCUGUUCCGCAGUCUGGCUUAUAUCCAUUCCCAGGGCGUGUGUCACAGAGACAUCAAGCCCCAGAACCUCCUGGUGGACCCAGAGACGGCCAUCCUCAAACUCUGCGACUUUGGCAGUGCAAAGCAGCUAGUUCGAGGGGAGCCGAAUGUGUCCUAUAUCUGCUCACGGUACUAUCGUGCCCCAGAGCUCAUCUUUGGUGCCACCGACUACACGUCCAACAUUGACAUCUGGUCAGCCGGCUGUGUGCUGGCAGAGCUGCUGCUGGGCCAGCCCAUCUUCCCCGGGGACAGCGGUGUAGACCAGCUAGUAGAGAUCAUCAAGGUUCUGGGGACACCAACGAGGGAGCAGAUCCGGGAGAUGAACCCGAACUACACAGAGUUCAAAUUCCCACAGAUCAAAGCACACCCUUGGACAAAGGUGUUUAAGCCUCGUACCCCACCGGAGGCCAUCGCCCUCUGCUCUCGACUGCUGGAAUACACGCCGGUGACCCGGCUGUCUCCACUGGAGGCAUGUGCGCACGCCUUCUUCGACGAGCUGCGCCAGCCCAACACCCGUCUGCCCAGCGGACGAGAACUGCCGCUCCUCUUCAACUUCAGUCCCGUUGAGCUGUCUAUCCAGCCCCAGUUGAACUCCACACUCAUUCCUCCUCACGCUCGUGCACAGACAUCGCCUGCCUCACAUGAGGGCGGUGUGUCAGACAGUUCCGCCCAGCCCAGCUCAGCACCUGGAUCCAUCAACAACAGCACCUGAGCAUCCAUCCCCUCUGCCAUCCUUUCUUUUUUUUUUCUUUCUUUUUUUUUUUUGGUCUUCCCCUGUUUUUUUUCCCCUUUUUCUCUCCUCUGAUCUUCUCCCUCUCAACCUUCCUCCUGGCUCCAAACCCCUUAAAAUAGAAAAAAGAAUAACUAUACACACCCACGUAAAUACUCAGCAUCGCUAUUUCCCCUGAAUUUUAACCAUUUUCCAAUAAGAAAGCAAUUUCUGUGGCUGCUAGCUUCUGGAAGGUGUUGUUUUAAGGACAUUUUGGCAGCCAUGCUCGGGCUUUAAUAUAAGCUGCAGUUCCGAAGCCCACGGCCUGGCCUGUUAGAAUAAAGAAACUAAACUUUGGUUGGGUAGGAUGUUUGGGAGAGGAGGAGAGGGGUUAUACAUGCUAUAUGGAAUUUCUGUAUUAUAAUCUACAGUUGACUUUUAUCCCUUUUUUUAUGUUCAUUUUAUUUGCAUUAGUUAAUUUUAUGUGUGGCCGUGGUGCCAUUUGAAUGGGGUCCUGAAUGGCUGUGGAGUAGAGAAAGAGGGCCACGUGUAAGGCCUGUCUAAUAUUGACAAUCAUCCUUAGUGCGGUCAAAAAUGGCACACAUGUACUGUACAUAGUGUCUGAUCGUACACCCCACUGUGUAGACGAGUGGCUUUUCUGUCACUGUCUACCCUGAACUCUACUCAAGUGUUGUCACACCACGCAGCCCUGAUGGUGAACAGAGGUAAAGAAUUUUUUUUAAAUCUCCCAGUUUGAUACCAGAUGUUACAUUGGCUGAUUUUUGUCCAUGUCAUUUUAGAUGAGAGUUGGUUUUAAAUUUUAUUACAAGACGGUGGGCACCACAGUCUGUCUUUAAAGUUUCUUUGACUGUUAGCCCCUCGACUGCCUUUUUUAUGAGGGAGCUUUACACGAGCAUACGAGUGCACAUCUUCAUCAGUUUCUUCAGUAUAAGCUCAUAUUUUUCUUUUUGGCUAAGCUGGAAACCAAGCGUUUCAUGUUAAUUCUCAAGUGAGUAUUGCACAUCUUCAAAGGGAGUAGAGGGGAAGCAAAGGGGGGUGGGCAGUUAUGUGUACUGUCCAGCUGUGAGCAUAACUUCACACAGAGGGAGCCACUGGUGAGGGGCUCCAUCACAGAAGCCUCGACGUCUCUCGUGUCGUACAGUUGCCUAGCACUGUAGGGUGACUAGUCACCUAUUAUGUCACUUUACGGUGUUAUGUUUCAUAUCGUCUUGAUUAUGUUAACGAAUGCAGAGAGAGACUGGUGGCCGCUUUGACUGCUAACCUGGCUCAUCAUUGUCAUUUCAUCUAGUAUUACACAGGGGAGGUUUGUGUGAGAGAUUUGUUGAAACCCUCUCACCCCUUCCCCAAACAGCCUGCCUGCGGCGCUCAUAUCAUGUUCUUGUCCUGUGAUGGUGGUAGGAACUGAUCUUGAAUGAUUAGGCAGCCUAACGGUCCAAUGUUGGCAUGGACUGUUUUUUUUUGUUUGUUUGUUUGUUUUGUUUUUUUCUCCACCACGCAAACGUGCAUGUUCAGCCCAAGAUGACCACACUAUAUUACUUCCACUAAUCUCAGUAAUAAUCUGACAAGAAAUGAUGCUCAAACCCUGAAACCCAACAGCUUUUGGAGCCUCCCUCCCCCUCCAUUCCUUUUUGUCCUCAUCCCCUCUGCCUUCUGCUUCCUCCUUUCCUUCCUCCUUUUUUCACUGCUAAACUGUAAAUAUCAAGUACCUUUUAUUUUAUUUUGUUAUUUUUGUUAUUAUUGUUAUUAUAUUGUUGUUCUUGUAUUUUUUUUUUUUUUUUUUUUUUUUUUUCUCUCUAGUAGACCGUGGCCGCACGGCCGGGCUGUUUAUCCUCAGUCGCAGUCUGUAAAUACGAUUUCAUUUCAGUCCCUGGUUCAGGAGGGGAAAAACAGAACAAAAUGUUUCAUUUUUAUUCUCUCUCCCUCCAUUUCUCUCUUCACUACUUCCCCUUUUCCUCUAUUAAUGUUGUCAUAACUGUUUUAUUUAUUGUAAUGUGUUUUUUGGGAGGGGUGGGGGGAAAAGAGGGAUUAGAGUUUUGGGGAGGGGGGGUUGUUUUUGUUUUUUUUGUUUGUUUGUUUUUUUUAUUCCAAAUUUUAGUCCACUGUCACAUGCAAGAUGAUUUCACAUCCAAGAUACUGUACUCAAAUCCAGACGUUGGUGUGUGUGUGUUCUCCAAUCAGUGGUCUGUGUGUGCAGGCGCACAUGCUAGCCAACAGGUGGAACUCCAGUUUUCCAUUUAACUUCAAUGUGAAGGGAAUGUUACAAGCUUCUGGAUCUAUGGGGUCGUGGUGUUGGAAGGGAGCACAGAAUACCCUGUGUGCGUGCGUGAAUAUGUGUGCGUGUGUGUGUGUGUCUGGAGGAAAGGUGAAAUAAUGAAUCUGUCCAUUGACAUGUAUCAUCUCCUGUGUCCGACCGUCUCCUGUUUUCACUUGCUGUGUGUCGUAUGAGUGUAACGGGUUUGACCUGUUAGUACAGCGUGUCUGCUUCACAGAAACUCGGUGAGUUUAUUGAGCACAGAUGCAGGGAAUGUAUGUGUGUCGGUAUGUGCGCUGUCAACCAUGGACAUUAUUCUCUGUACUUCCGACUCUUUCCUAAAUGAAAAGCUGAUUAAAUUUGCUGUUUUAAUGUUUUGUUUUUUUUCUCCCAUCUUACGAUCUGUCACACUUUGUUUUUAAUUUGCUGUGACCCUGCUCUUUUAUCAACCUUCUUGGAGGGUAAAAAAAAAAACGUCAUUGUUGGGAACAGAACGGUUGGAUAAAGGAGAUAAUGGAGAGAGAGGGAUGGAGGGAGAGAGACAGUUUUUGUUUGUUGGUAUAAAUAAUUAAACUCAUUAAUAAAGUGAUGAAACUGU